AUGUCAGGGCAGCCUUCAGGGAAUCCCUCAGGACCUCGACCUACCGCCAACGGCGUCGGCGCCAGUGGCAUGGCUUCAUCCCAGCAGAGAACAGAUCCUCAAGUAGGAUCUAGCACGAGUAAUGGACAAUCCGGAAGCAUGUCCCAGUCAAAUCUGAACAGCAUUGUCAUUGAAUAUCUAUCAAAAAAGGGCUAUAGCAAGACAGAGUCUAUGCUGAGGCAAGAGUCUGCGAAUCAAGACGUUGAGGGUAGACCCGUCAACACCAAGGCUGAAGAGACUGGGGGAGCCAAAUACGGAAAAGCUUUUGGGUUGAUGCGAUCGUGGAUUGAAGAGAGUCUCGACAUUUACAAACCUGAUCUUAGACGUCUACUCUGGCCGAUCUUCGUAUACUCAUUCCUCAACCUCGCAUCAGACUUUUUUCCCAAGGACAGCGGCCAUUUCUUAGAGUCGUUCAAGUCAGGAUUUGGGAAAGAGCACGAGGACGAUCUGCGAGCGCUUCAGCCUAUCUCAAUGCCUGAGCAUGUCCUCAACAACGACACUGCAAAGAUCUAUCGCAGCAAUAAGUAUCGAAUCACACUCAGCCAGGUGGCGUUCUUGAACCUCGUUCAAUUCUUGGAGUCGAAGGAAAAGGAUGGAGGGGCCGUCAUAGUAGGAGUGAUACAGAGCUACCUACAGGUUAUAACCAUCGACCGCGUUGCAGACGAUCAAAAUAGUCUUGCAAGACUGCUCAAACGGGCGAGAGCCAACGAGGAUUACCCGGCUGAAGAUGAAGGGAUUCCGGGUCACAAUCCUGGAUCCGCGAAUGUAGACAGAAGCGCUGGUUCAACUGUCUUGACACGAUUGAAGCUUGGGCAUAUGCCUCUGGAGUCAGAUUUGAUGGGUGACGUUCGUGCAGAACUAGACGAAGAAGAUGCGAAGAAUCCUCCCUUCACAGGGCAAGACUCGCUUAUUCAACACUUUGAGCAGCGGAUCAAACGGGAAGAAAGUGAAGACGCACCUACUCGCAGCGAGUUGCAACUACCGCCAUCUAUCGCCCGCGACGUCGCAAUGGAGGUUCAAAAGGUCAAAGAAGACCGCGAUCGAUUCAAGAUUGAAGGAAGGACUGGAGGCGUGGGCCCUGGUGUCAGUGUCACAAUGUUCACGUUCCACAACACAUACGACAGUAUCAACUGCUUGGACUUCUCUGAAGACAAUAUGCUCGUAGCUGCAGGUAUGAGCGAAUCUUACAUUCGUGUUUGGAGCCUUGACGGCAAAGCUUUACCAACAACAGUCCAACCUGGGUCUACGGAACAGCCACCAUCUGCGUCUCGCCGUCUGAUAGGUCAUUCGGGACCUGUAUAUGCUGUUUCAUUCUCGCCGUCUAUCGCUUCAUCGAAUCCUCACGCUCCUUCUACCAACUCGAAACACCUUCUCUCCUGUUCGGCUGAUAAAUCCGUACGCCUCUGGUCGCUUGAGGCCUGGACCUGUCUUGUCGUUUACAAGGGUCACGAUUAUCCAGUGUGGGACGUGAAAUGGGGCCCAUUCGGUCUCUACUUCCUGACUGGCUCACUCGAUAGAACAUGUCGCUUGUGGAGGACGGACCAUAUCGAGGAUCUCCGGAUGUUUGUUGGUCAUGAUAAGGAUGUAGAUACUGUAUGCUUCCACCCAAACAGUGCCUAUGUCUUUACUGGAAGCAGUGACAGGAUUGUUCGUAUGUGGGCGGUUGCAAACGGGUACCCUGUGCGCAUGUUUACAGGUCAUACCGGCAACAUCACAGCCUUGGCUUGUAGUCCUAAUGGCAAGAUACUCGCUUCUGCUGAUGACGCAGGCACCAUCAUCCUCUGGGAUCUUGGUCCAGGAAAGCUUAAGAAGCGAAUGCGUGGCCACGGCAAAGGAGGAAUCUGGUCAUUAAGCUGGAGUGUGGAAUCAACCGUCCUUGCUUCCGGAGGCGCAGACGGUACGGUCCGCAUCUGGGACAUUGCGAUUGGGAACGAUGCAAGUGGGCAGGGCAGGGUCAUUGGGGAAGGAGGUGUUGGACAGAAGAUUGAUGGAAAUGCCGCGCAAAUGCAGGCUGUGGCCGGCGCGGGCACGAAGAAGAAGGGAAAAGAUGUGGUGGUCACGUCGGAUCAGAUCAGUGCAUUUCCAACUAAGAAGAGCCCAGUGUACAAGGUCCGAUUCACUAGACAGAAUCUUGUGGUUGCCGGAGGGGCAUUUCUGAGCUGA